GGAACAUGCACAGUUAGUGCCAAAUCAGUGUCUAGAAGUGUACGCCCAUGGUGAAGGGCUGCAACGCGCCCUCGCGCUGACGAAACGGUGUCAUCUCCGAGCGCGGAGAAGAUUCCCACUAAGCAGAUAGCGUGGCAUGAUGCCCGAGUAUGAUCCAGAUGAUGUUCAUAUCUGACUGCAUUGCGUCGCGUAACGUCAACUUGCUCUAUGGCUGUGCGCAACGUGCCCUCCAGUCGUGGUUCUCGGGUCGUAUGCGCAAUAUUCGCACUCGGCCUCCUCGCCGUCAGCGCCAUCGCCUCUAUCGCCUUCUCUCACGCGUCCUUAUCCUCCAUCAGGCAAGGCCGCGGAACGAGGGUGCCCCUCCGUGCAGCUAACAUUCUGCAGCAUUGCCGUGCACUGGUGCGAAAGCCUGGUCCACCAGAGACGUUCCAUGGGCGCGUCUAUUCCGAUAGGUUCCAACCUGGGACUAGGCCCGUCCAUCUCCGCAAUGCGUCCUUGUGGACCGGGCGUGCUCAGGGCCUGGAAGUCAUCCGAGGUGAUUUAUUUCUCGCCAACGGAAUAAUCAAGGCCGUGGAGGAGGUCAGUCAGGAACUGCUAGAUGCAAACAACGGUAACGUGCUCACAUUCGAUCUGAACGGUGCUUGGAUCACGCCAGGAAUAAUUGACGUUCAUUCACAUCUCGCCGUCGAAUCGGCGCCGAGCCUGAGAGGAAGUAGUGAUGGCAACUCCUGGCAAGGGCUUGUUUUACCGUGGCUAAGGUCCUUGGACGCCUUGAAUACUCACGACGAGGGCUUCAUGCAUUCCAUCGCCGGCGGGGUUACGACCUCAUUAAUCCUUCCCGGUUCAGCGGAUGCCAUUGGCGGCCAAGGUUUUGUGAUCAAGCUAAGACCCACCGAUGAGCGUUCACCAUCGUCAAUGCUGCUCGAACCUCCGUUCAGUCUCAAUGGCUCAGACAUAGAUCUAGAUCUACCCCCGAGAUGGAGGCAUAUGAAGCAUGCAUGCGGUGAGAAUCCAGCUAGGGUGUACUCUGGUACCCGCAUGGACACAACCUGGGCAUACCGCGAGGCGUAUAACAAAGCACGCGAUAUCAUGACCGCUCAAGACGAGUACUGCGCCAAAGCACUCGCCGGCGACUGGGACGCUCUCUCCGGACAGUCCUUCCCGAACAACUUACAGUGGGAAGCGCUCGUCGACGUCCUCCGCGGCAAAGUCAAGGUCCAGACACACUGUUACGAGGCAGUCGAUUUUGAUGACUUUGUCCGGCUGUCAAACGAGUUCCAGUUCCCCGUCGCCGCAUUCCACCACGCGCACGAAGCCUACCUCGUACUAGAUCUGCUCAAACAAGCCUACGAGCACACCCCUGCGAUUGCUAUGUUCGCGACCUUCGCCAGGUACAAGCGCGAGGCGUUCCGCCACUCCGAGUUCGCGCCGCGCAUACUCGCCGAUGCCGGCGUGCCCGUUAUCAUGAAGUCCGAUCACCCGGCGAUCCUCUCGCGGUAUCUCGUGAACGAAGCAGCCCAGGCGCACUAUUAUGGUCUGCCGGAGAAUGUUGCGUUGGCGUCUGUCAUUAGCACGCCCGCUACGGUUUUGGGGCUCGAUCACCGUAUUGGAUAUCUGAAAGAAGGCUACGACGCAGACGUCGUGAUAUGGGACAGCCAUCCGCUAUCGUUGGGCGCCACUCCCAACCAGGUCAUCAUCGAUGGCAUACCGCAGUUCGAACACCCCUACACAGCGAAGAAGCCCGCGUCCCAUCAGCACGCCCCCACGACACCCAGCUUCGACGAUGAGGCCUCCCAGACACUCCGGUUCGACGGCCUCCCACCGCUCGCGCCGCCGGUCUCGACCAACGGCACCGUCGUGUUCACCAACGUGUCUAGUAUGUGGAUAAGAGGCUUCCUCGGACAGGGUGUGGUGCAGACACACGCAUCAGACGGAGAUGCAGAGCACGUCGUGGUCGCCCACGCGGGAAGGGUCGUCUGCUCCGGGACGGGCGACGCAUGUUUGUCGUUCAUGGUGCACUCGGAUGCUGUGAUGAUCAACCUGCACAGAGGCGCGCUGCAGCCUGGCCUAACGACAUACGGCUCUUCUCUGGGUCUCCAGGAGGUCGCAAUGGAAGUAUCCACCACGGACGGUGCGGGAUACGACCCGCUCGAGGCGGACGUGCCCUCCAUUGCGGGCGGGGAAUAUUACGUCCCCCGCGCGGUCGACGGUCUUCAGUACGGCUCUCGGGAUGCAUUGCUCGCCUACCGUCACGGUGUCACACUGGGCAUCACACCUCCGAUGCAUAGCUCGCUCUUCGGUGGUCUCAGCACGGCCUUCUCUCUGGGUUCUCCGCACAAGCUGGACAAGGGCGCGGUCGUGCAGGACGUGACGGCUCUGCACGUCUCGCUCGCUCGCGGAGGCACGUCCAGCGUCAGCACCCAGGUCGCCGCGUUGCGCCGGAUGCUCCUGGAGCCCAUCGGAGAACGCGGGGCUUGGCUUGGGAAAGUGCGGAAUGGCUGGAUUCCACUCGUCAUAGAUGUAGACAGUGCGGAUGUCAUAGCGACGCUGAUCGACCUCAAGCACGAAGUUGAGCUCGUUACCGGCGUGAGGAUGAAGAUGACUAUCAGCGGAGGCACCGAGGCCCACCUACUCGCUGAGGAGCUGGCUGGAGCGGACAUUGGUGUCAUUCUUAAGCCUCCUAGGUCUUACCCAUACGAUUGGGACCGCAAACGCAUACUGGCGGGCCCUCCCCUCACGCAAGAAGGGCCGGUCGCCCAUCUAAUGAAGCAUGGCGUCAAGGUAGGUCUGGGACCACACGGUAUCAGCGGUGACUAUGCGAUGAGCGCCUGGGCGGUGCGGAACCUCCGUUUUGAUGCAGCAUGGGCAUACCUUGAAUCUCCUCACAUCCUUACCAAAACCUCCGCCUUCGCCCUUGCGUCGUCGAAUGUGGAGGAACUAUUGGGACUCCAGGUCAUCCCAGGACAGGAGGAUCUGGUCGCCACGUCCUAUAGCGACGUUCUCGGGUUUGAGGGUAAAGUUGUCGCUGUGAUCUCCCCGCGACGGGGGGUUAUCGACUUGUUCGAGUAGUACUUAUGCUGGUUCGCUUUCAUUUAUUCUG